AAGUUAAAUUGCCUUGUCAAAUCCUUCUGGCAUUCCGAGUCCUUCCAUCCGACAUUCCGAGUCCUUCCAUCCGACAAGAAAAAAAUUUCCCGACAACUGGAAAAAAAUUUCCCGACAACUGGAAAAAAAUUUCCCGACAACUGGAAAAAAAUUUCCUGUUGUUCGUCCGUAAACCAUUCAAAUUUUCGAAAAUUGAGAACUUUUUGGUCGAACUUCAGAAAAAGUUUUUCCAUCAGACAGGAAAAUAUUUUCUCGACAACAGGAAAAGUUCUUCCAUCAGACAGGAAGAACUCUUCCAUCAGACAGGAAAAGUUCUUCCUUCCGACAGGACACAAACGGAUGACUGACGUUCCUCUUCCUGAAUGUCUUCCAAAGCCAGAAGAACCGACAGCCCCAGCACCACAACAGACUUACUAA